AUGGACGCAAGUUCGCUGCCCGACUUCGAGGUGUUCUCCUAUCCCACGCAAUUCUUGGAAACCGACAACAAGAAAUGCUCGCCAUUAGAAAAUUCCAUCACCCUCAACAUCUCUUCCUCAUGGACAUACUGUGGACCACUCUUGACGCUCGAUGAAAAUCGCCUACCCUCCUCAUUUCAUACAUGGGCCGAAGCCACCAUCAACGGGCCACUUCUGACCCCUCUAUUCUCCUUCUUGGCAUUCGUACACGAGUUCCUAAGAGCCAACAAUCUCUCAAACUACUGGCUUACCAUCAGAGCCAGCACGGGAUCAGACGAAUUCGACAUCCCGCGCUGGCACACGGACGAUCUAUUCUUCUCGCCGGCUUCAGGGACAAUGCGAUCAUAUCGGCGCCGCUCACUACUCUCCCGGCUGUACAGCCGUGAUGAAAUGACCCAUCCAGGCAGCAGCCAACCAAAAAGAAGCAAAGUCCUCGAAUCCACAGAAAGAAUCCAAGUAAUCACAUCAACCCCCAACCCGACAAAUUGGAAGCUCACCACCACCCUCCUGGGCCCGGGGACACUUUUCAUUCCCCAAAAAAGAAGCCCAUCAGCCCGCGCCAUUCAACGCAACGCUAAACGCAGCGUACGCGCCGCCAAUCCAGGUCACGUCUGUCUAUCUGUCCGGUGCGUGGGCUGCGCUAUGGCAGCGGAGACCGUGCGGACACGACUCGCCGCAGAACUGGGACACCACACCAUCGUUCAGGCGCGGUCGGGCGAAAGUGUGUUCUUUCGAGUCGGCGAGGAUGAAGGCGCCGUACAUUCGGAGCCCAAGUCUCAUGGAGAUCGCAUUUUUGUCAAUGUUGUACCCGGGCAUGAAGCGGAUUUGAAGAGUCUUAUGGCGAAAUGGGGGAUGGAGUAUCCGCGUGCUUGGUGCGUGGGAUUGCCCUUUCAGGUUUCAGGGGGAUGA